AUGAGCCUCACCGACAUGUCUACCAACCGGCCCUUCCUAGCCAACUUUCUGGCCGCUUUCCGCGCCCAGUCCACCUACAAAGCAUCCUCCUCAUCGACCGGAACCACCUCUCUAUCAUCCGCUCAAAUCUCCCAAUCUGCCCGUGCUAUCGCCUCCAAGGCCGCUGGCCCAGCACCCUCUCAGUCCCAUCACACGUCCGCGUCCGCAUCCGCAUCAGCGUCAGCAUCAGCCCAGACUCCACAGACUCCACAGACUCCCCAGCAACACCACACCUCUUCAACCGCGACACACCACACCCAUCACUACCAUUCCGAAUCACCCCUCACCGCUUCCCCACCAUCUACCCCGUCCUCUUCCACUCCGAUCCCGAUCCGAGGUCCAGACCGCCAACGCCGCGGAAGUGACUCGUCCUCUGGCUCGGGCGGAUUCCGUGAUGCUCUAGGUCCGGAGAAGUGGUAUAUUGGCGGCCGGACGCCGGCCGGUGAAGAGAGAUUCUAUCGGCUGGGGAUGGUGACCAAGGGAGGUGGGAGACUUGGUGGUAGUGGGCGGGUUGGGAGUAUUGAUCAGUUGAGUCUUUAG